CUGGAUUGUUUGCUUGUCUUAGGUUCUACCAAUAUGGAGGAGGAUUCAGCUUAUAGUCAAGUUGAAAAGGUGAUUGGCUGUCAUGUUGAAGAUGCUGUUACCUUCUGGGGACAGAACAUUAAUCGACAUAAUGACAUCUUGAAGACUGGCUCUGCUCUUGCUGAGAUAUGUCCUCAAGCCAGCCCAGUUUUUGGCAAUCCUGAUCUUACCAAGGUAUAUGGAGGGUGCUUUUCUGAAGAUAAAUGCUGGUACAGAUGUAAAGUGCUGAAGGUUAUCAGUGAUGAAAAGUGCCAGGUGUUAUAUAUUGACUAUGGAAACUCUGAGAUUCUCUGUCGAUCAGAGAUAGUUGAGAUUCCAGCAGACUUGCAGUUCCCCAGUGUGGCAAAAAGGUAUAAACUGUGGGGAUUACAGAUACCAGCUGAUCAAGAAUUAAAUCAGUUUGACCAGGGUAGGAAGUUUCUGAAUAGCUUGAUUUUUGAAAAAGAAAUGAGGACAAGAUACAAAGCUACAUCCCAGGAUGGGACCAUUGCAGUCCAGGCAGAGUGUGGCCUAUUGGAUGUUGGGGAAGAAAUGUGUAGAAAAGGUUUUGCAGAGAGAUGCAAACCCUCCACAAACAGUAAUGCCCAUGACACAAAAAUUGAUUCUUCUGCAUACCAGUCCUGGAACGCAAAAGCUUUAACUCCCCUGUGGGCUAUGAGAGGCAACACUCCAGCAAGUGGUAGAGUCAAGGGGAGCCUUGGUGAUCAUGUGCCUCUGAAUAGCAGAAGUGAGAAUAAUACUUCCUGCAAUGUGCCAUUUAAUAAUAGGGAGAAAAUAGGGGCAUAUGACUUUAGACGGAUAUCAAAUAUUAGCCUGGGAAAAAUUAAACAAGAUCAGAAGCUUAUAGAAGAGAAUGAAAAACUAAAAGAGGAAAAAGAGGCUGUCAGAAAGGAAAACCAGAAUCUUCUUCAUCAAUGUGAAGAACUGGAAACAAAGAUUGAGGAGCUUACUCACAGUCUUGAGAAAGAGAAGAAAGCUUCCAAGAAAUAUCUUGAGCAUUUAGACAGCACUCUUCAUACAUAUAUAGGAACUACAGUGAGAAGCUUGGCCACCAAGUUCAAGAAGCUGAAAGAGGCAAGACAAGACAGUAUGGGUGUUCGUUUUGGAGAAGAUCUUUCAGAAGCUGUAAACAUAGUCACUGAAGGGUGCCUUGGUGCUCCUCCAGCUUUGGAAAAGCUGGAGAAGAUUUGGACAGACUAUAACACUUCCCAAGAAGAAAUACGCUUAUGCAAAUAUGUGGACAAAAUGCAAAUCUUGAUUCAUUGCAGGAAUGAGGUGCAGCAGAAAUUGUAUUCUGCGGUGGAAGAAUUCAUUAUGGAAGUGGACAACUUACCCCUUUCUGAGCGAUUAGAAAGAUUGCAGAAAUUGGAGGGAUCUUUAAAGGCUGCAUAUGGUCUGGAUUUUGACACAGAGGGCACUGAGGGAGCAUUUGAGAGGUUCUUUGAGUGGAAGAAUGCUAAGCUGCAGGAACUCAGUCGGGUCAGGAAAGCUACGGAUACUUCCUUGCAAGCUCUUGUGACUUCUUUCAGCAAGAUGACUCGGUUCUUUGAUACAACAUUGGAUGUAUCCUUGAAAUUGGAGGAUGUCACUGGAAACGUGGAUGAGGUUCUCAGGAAGGUUGAGUUGGCUAUUUCCCAAGAAUUGGACAUUUUUCUAACUGAAGUAGAAGAAGCUGAUAAAAAAAUAAUUUUAAACACGUACAGUGGGAUUAUGCAGAAGAUCCACCAGGAACAACAUUUGUUACAUGUUAUCUAUCAAAAAUAUCUCAAUAGUGUUGAGUUCAAGAAACAGAUUACAGAGUGGCUGGAUGCAAGUCCUACCAUUGAUGAUUUGCUACUGAUUAAGAAGAGAAUGAAAAACCUAAAGGCUCAGCUGAGAUGCAAGCUGGCAGAAAAAAUCAACUUGGAAGAGUCUGAUGAUUGCAGCGAGUCUGAAAUAGCCAAACUAAAGGAAGCAAUCAGUAUACUACAAAAUAGUGUCUUCCAGGAAAUAUACAAGGAACAAAAGGAAUAUGAGAAGCUCAAUCAUCUGGUGCAGAAAUUGUUCCCUGAGCUGCCACUCCUCUAUCCUGAAGCUGGGAUUUUGGAAUACAUGAACUCAGGUGGACUCCUGUCACUUAGCCUGGAGCGUGAUCUUCUAGAAGCUGAACCAAUGAAGGAACUGAGCACAAAACGACCUCUGGUUUGCUCAGAAGUUCAGGGCCAAAAAGUGCUCCUAAAGGGGUAUACUGUGGAUAUGAAUACUGAAACAAGAGUGAUAGAAAGAGCAGCAAAGUAUCAUAAAGUCUGGAAAGAAUUGAAGGAGGAAUCUGGUUUAGUGCAGCUAAUGUUCCUGUUUUUAUGCAAGUCUGAUCCUGUGGCAUAUCUGAUGGUCCCUUAUUAUGCUGGUGCAAGCCUGGGUGCUUUGCAGACUACUGCGCCUUUAAACUCAAGGGAAACCUUGAAAGUCAUGAAAGGAGUAGCUCGGGGUUUACAUACACUACACAGAGCUGGCAUAGUGCAUGGGUCAGUACAUAAAAACAACGUAUUUGCAUUAAACAGAGAACAAGGAAUUGUUGGAGAGUUUGACUUCACCAAAUCAAAGGCUCAGCGUGCUUUGUUGAAUUCGAUGGCACUAGAUGACUACAGCUUAAUUUGCCCUGAGUUAAAACAGGGCAAACAUCUACCUUCUCCAGCUUCAGAUAUGUUUGCUUUUGGUUGCCUGCUUUGUUGGCUGUUUAUUGGAAACCAAGAGAUUGAAAUAAACAAAGAUGGAACUCCUCAGAUGGAUGGCUUUGAUAUGGAUCAUAAAGUUAAAUCUUUGCUCUUGAAUCUCCUCUGCUAUAAUGAUCGAAUGACCUCUGAGCAGGUGCUGAGCGAUGAAUGUUUCCUGUUGCCUGAAGUGAUUCCAGUUGUGUCAGAAAACGGAUCAACUAAAUGUGAACAUGGAAAGGCAAGAACAGAAGAUGAAAUUUCAUUGAGUGAUGAGCAGAACAGCAAAAUAGUACCAUCAGAAAAUGUAGAGCCUAAUGGUUAUUCAGAAUGUGUUUAG